AGUCAAAAGUGUCGCUUAUACCUCACGGACGGUUGUGUAAGUGUUUGUUUGGCAGAUCAAAGAGGAUUAAAAUAUUCAACUGUUGAUUGAUUAUCGAAGAAAUAGAUAUACCCAAAAUAAGAAUGAUGAAGCUGUGAAGACGAAGAAGAUGAAAGGGCUUUGAGUAGAAAGAAAGAAAGAGCAGGCAGCCAAAGUUGAAGCUAAUAAAUCAACCUUAUUAGAUUGCCCGCCUGCAAAAGGGAUUUCAGAACAAAAAGAAAUCCAACCUUCUGCACUGCUCCUCUAUCAACUAUUCUUAUAUACAUACAUACAUAUAUAUAUAUAUAGAGGAAUUGAAGAAAGGACUGGUGGUGGGGGUGGUGGUGGUGGUGUGUAUUGAGCUCAUAUCCUAUCCUAUGGCGGCGCUAUCUGUGUUUGGAAAAGCAGUGUGUACGGACUAAGGGGGGCAACUCGUCAAAAGUGGAUUUCUCUCUGCCAUUCAUUCGUUCAUUCAUUUCUCAAACCUAACCUCCUUUCUUCUCUCUAUUGUCGUCGUCUUUUCCAUCCCUUUUCUCUCCAUCUCCAUCUCCAUCUCCACCCCUCCUUUUGUGUUUCUUCAUCCUAGCUGACAAAACAUCUUCCUUCAACUUCACAUUCACAGCCGCGCCUUUAAUUUCAAUCGGAAAUUGUUUGAACCUUCUUAGGUUUUCACUUUAUUAAUUUGUUGGGGAUGCCCAUCCUUUCCAUUUCUCCCGAUUAUUCCCCGUCGGAAUGAGAAUCCGGCGAGCAGCUCCGGCGCGCAAAAAUUAAAGGAAGAGUUCUACACAGAACAAAAUGAGGAUACCGACAGCCGGCGGCGGCGGCGGUGGCGGCGAAGGUGUUGAGAGGAAGAACAUAAACGUGGAGCUCUGGCAGGCUUGCGCCGGCCCUCUGGUGAAUCUCCCGGCGGCCGGGACCCACGUCAUCUACUUCCCUCAAGGACAUAGUGAGCAGGUUGCUGCAUCCAUGAAAAAGAAUGUGGAUGCUCAAGUGCCAAACUACCCUAAUCUUCCGUCGAAAUUACUUUGCCUCCUUCAUGACAUCACUUUGCAUGCUGAUCCAGAGACAGAUGAAGUGUAUGCUCAGAUGACACUCCAGCCUGUGCCGUCGUUUGACAAAGAUGCUUUGCUCAAAUCGGAUUUCUCGAUGAAACUAAAUAAACCUCAAACUGAGUUUUUCUGUAAAACCUUGACGGCAAGUGAUACAAGCACGCACGGAGGAUUUUCUGUGCCUCGCCGUGCUGCAGAAAAGAUUUUCCCUCCGCUGGACUUCACAAUGGAACCACCUGCACAAGAACUUACGGCUAGAGAUUUGCACGACAAUGUCUGGAAAUUUCGCCAUAUUUUCCGGGGAAAACCAAAGCGCCACUUACUUACAACGGGGUGGAGUCUCUUUGUCAGCGGAAAGAGGCUGUUUGCUGGUGACUCUGUCUUAUUCAUUAGGGACGAUAAGCAGCAGCUCCUUUUAGGCAUAAGACGUGCCAACAGACAACCAAACAACUUAUCAUCAUCAGUAUUGUCGAGUGACAGCAUGCAUAUUGGAAUUCUAGCUGCAGCUGCCCAAGCAGCUUCAAACAACACCCAAUUUACGGUAUUCUACAAUCCGAGGGCUAGUCCAUCAGAAUUCGUCGUACCUUUAGCCAAGUACUACAAGGCAGUGUGCAGUAACCACAUCUCCCUUGGAAUGCGCUUCCGGAUGAUGUUUGAAACCGAAGACUCGAGCACAAGAAGAUAUAUGGGAACAAUAACGGGCAUCAGCGACCUGGAUCCAGUAAAAUGGACGAACUCACAAUGGCGUAACCUACAAGUUGGAUGGGAUGAGUCCACCGGUGGCGAAAGGCGCACCCGUGUCUCCAUAUGGGAGAUAGAACCCAUUACAGCUCCAUUUUUCAUCUGCCCAACCCCACCGUUGUUCGGCUUGACGGGCUCGCGGCAACUGGGAAUUCCAGACAAUUGUUCGUCCGAGUUAGACAGCCUAUUGAGGAGCACAAUGCCGUGGCUUUCCAGCGACAACAAUCAAACUCAACCCGGCAUGAGCCUAGCCCAGUUGAUGAACACCCCUCAAAACCACCCGUCCUCGGCUACCUCCUCAAUGCAGCUGCCAAACUAUACGCCUUCUUUCGCCGGUUCUGUUCUUCCAAACCUUCCGGGCCCUGAAAUCCCUCAGAAAAACAGCUCUCAGUUCAAUGCCCAGAGGGAAACACCCCUUGCAGAGCAGAUAGAUCCCAUCCUGCCGAAACUCCCAUCAUCGGCAUCAAACCAGGUUCGAUCUCCAGUCUUGAUGUCGCAGAUUCCUCCUAUUGUCGCAAGAAAUCUCCCGCCACUGCAGAAUCUCAUGCAGUCCGAGCAGGCUGAUCUCGUAAACCAGCAGCUACGGAUGUCAGACAAUCAAAUGCAGCAGCAGCCUUGCCAGCCCCAAGAUAAUUCGUCGAUCUUCUCCUUCUCCAAGCGCACUCAUCCGGAGCAGAUGGGCAGGAGUAGCAGCCACACAGACUUUCAGUUCGCCCAACCAGCGCCACAGCCGAAGCGCCAUCACCGGCAAUCUGGAUCGGGGGGGUUCGAAUUGCCUGGACAUAUGGGUCCGCCUAACCAUGCCGGAGGAUGCCAAUCUGUAGUUACCGACGAUGUCCUAUCUUGUUCGACUUCCCUGUCUGCAAACAAGAGUAUGCCGGCGUUUGGAGAUGAGAUUGCUCAGCCUUCUGCUGCUUUGCCGAAUUCGAAUGGUUUCGAUACUGCGUCCAGUGCCAAGUCUUUGUCGAACACAUUCAAUGGUCAGAGCAGAAUCAUUUUUCCGUAUGCGAAUGCUCCGGGAGCUCAGAUAGAUUAUUUGGAUAGCUCGUCUUCGGCAACAUCAGUUCUUUCGCAGAAUGAUGUGGAGAUACCCCAAACCAACAACCCGAUCUCUUUCGAUUCACAGACAAUGUUGUUUGAUGAUCAGGUUCACGGUGCUAACAUUGAUGACCAAUUAGGGGGGGUGAUGAACAUGGUGGGAUCAGGUAUCCUUUCAGCCUACGGGAAUGUCGGGGAACCUCAACCGCAGAUCUCGUCGACCAUUUUUUCUCAGUCAUUUGGAGUUCCGGACAUGACGACAUUCACUUCCGUCGACUCUGCUGCUGCGAUGAACGAUGGUAACUUCAUGAAUCGAAGUGGCGCUUGGCAGAUUCCUCGGAUGCGGACUUACAAAAAGGUGUACAAACGGGGAGCUGUCGGGAGGUCCAUUGACAUCACACGGUACUCAGGCUACGAUGAACUUAAGCAAGAUCUGGCUCGUAGAUUUGGUAUCGAGGGACAGCUGGAGGAGGGGCAGAGGAUAGGGUGGAAGCUCGUGUAUGUUGAUCACGAGAAUGAUGUGUUGCUAGUCGGGGAUGAUCCUUGGGAGGAUUUCGUGAACUGUGUUCGAUGCAUCAAGAUACUUUCUCCGCAGGAGGUGCAGCAAAUGAGCUUGAGAUUCGAUGAUAUCGGGAACAAUGUUAUCGCCAACCAAGCUUGCCGUAGCUCUGCCCCCGGAAAUGGCUUAGGCUAGCGGCUCCGGCGAGCUUUCGGUUUAUUAUUUAUUAAUGUUGUUGUUAUUAAUCAUCCUAGCCUAGCCUAGGGAGCUCAACUUUGGUGGUUCAGGCUGCUUCUAUUUAUGAGCUUUGCUUUUGCCUUGUACUGAUUCUCUUCUUCUACUUGUAUUCUAAUUUGUAAUUUUGUUGUGUCAAAUGAAUAAAAUGGUGUUGUAUCCCUUUCCUUUCUCUUUAACAAACAUCCAUAUUAGUAUCUUUCUCACGCAA